CCCCGCCCGCCGCCGCCUCAGCCUGAGCAGCAGCAGCAGCAAGAGGAGGAGGAGCAGCUCCGGCUCCUGCACGGCUGUGCCGCCGGUGAAGCUCCCAGGCGCGGAGGCUGGGCUGCGGCGGCGGGGAUGAGGCGGUGGUAGGCCCGGGGGGAGAGGGCGCCAUGUCGGGCCGGGCGAGUGGCGCUGCGGCGGUGGCGGCCCCGGUGCUGCCCGCCGCCGCUUCGCCGGUGGUGGUGGCGGCGGCGGCCAAGGAGAAGCGCUCCUUCAGCAAGCGGCUGCUCUUCCGGGGCCGGGUGGGCGGCGGCGGCGGGUCCGGCACUGGGGGCUCGGGCUCCUCCUCCUCCAGGUCGCUGGGCGGAUUCAUGAGCCGCGUGCUGAAGACGCUCUCGACGCUCUCCCACCUGGGCACCGAGCACGGGCCCGCCGCCACCACCGCCCGCCACGGACACCCCCCCGGCGGCAGCAGCAGCCUGGGCCGCUGCUUCCAGCCCAGCCCGGAGCCCGAGCCGCCGCCUCCCCCGUCGCCGCCGCCGCCUCCGCAGCCUCCCGCGACCCAGGAGCUGAUCUCGCCGCCGCCACCGCCGCCGGGCUCCUCGGCGGGGUCGCUGCUGCUACCGGCCGUGCCCGGCGUGGCGGGGCUGCGCAACCACGGCAACACGUGCUUCAUGAACGCCAUCCUGCAGUGCCUCAGCAACACCGAGCUCUUCGCCGAGUACCUCGCCCUCGAGCAGUACCGCGCCGCCAACGCCGCAGAAGCCGGGGACGGAGGCAGAGGCGCCGGCGGAGAGGAGGAGGAGGAAGAGGAGGGCGGCGGCGGCGAGAGGGACGUGCCAGCCGUGGCUCCCGCCCGCCCGCCGGAGCCCGCCCCGGACAACUGCAAGGGCGAGGUGACGGAGCAGCUGUCGCACCUAGUGCGGGCCCUCUGGACGCUCGAGUAUACGCCGCAGCACAGCCGGGAGUUCAAGAGCAUCGUUUCCAAGAAUGCCAUGCAGUAUCGAGGGAGCUCACAGCACGACGCUCAGGAGUUCCUCCUCUGGCUCCUGGACCGAGUUCACGAGGACCUCAACAACAUAGUGAAGAACAAUGGCAGACCUCUGAAGCCGCCUUUGGAAGAUGAAGUGCUGAUUGAAGGACCUGCAUUUCCAAUCAAUAGCACUUUUGUCCAGGAACUCUUUCAGGCCCAAUACAGGUCAUCCUUGACGUGUCCUCAUUGCCAGAAGCAGAGUAAUACCUUCGACCCGUUCCUGUGCAUCUCUCUGCCAAUCCCCCUGCCUCACACACGGCCGUUGUACAUCACAGUGGUGUACCGAGGGAAGUGCUCCCACUGCAUGCGCAUCGGGGUGGCUGUGCCUCUGUCUGGAACAGUGGCGCGACUGAGAGAAGCUGUGUCCAGGGAAACCAAAAUCCCCACCAAACAGAUCGUGCUCACUGAGAUGUACUAUGAUGGGUUCCACCGCUCCUUCUCUGACUUGGAUGACCUCGACACAGUGCAGGAAAGCGACUGCAUCUUUGCCUUUGAGACCCCAGAGAUCUACCGGCCUGAGGGGAUCCUAAGCCAGAGAGGAAUCCACGUGAACAGCAAUCUGAAUCACUUGAAAUAUGGCCUUGACCAUCCUCGGACAGCUCCGUAUACCCAAGGGAGGCUGGAGAACUCCAAUACCAGGGUGGCGGCAGCAGCGGCGGUAGCAGCAAGCGAUAAGCUGGUGGUGUUGGUUUGCAACCGGGCUUGUACUGGACAGCAGGGGAAGAGAUUUGGCCAGCCCUUUGUGCUCCAUCUGGAGAAGACGAUUCCUUGGGACCUACUGCAGAAGGAGAUCCUGGAGAAGAUGCAGUAUUACCUGCGGCCCUCAGCCUGUGUCCAGGUUUGUCCGUUCAGCUUGCGAGUGGUCAGCGCUGUGGGCAUAACUUACCUGUUACCUCAGGAAGAGCGGCCUCUGUGCCACCUAAUGGUGGAGCGGGCCCUGAAGUCAUGUGGGCAAGGCGGAACUCCUCAUGUGAAGCUGGUUGUGGAGUGGGACAAGGAGACAAAAGACUAUUUGUUCGUCAACACAGAGGAUGAAUAUAUCCCGGAUGCCGAGAGUGUCCGCCAGCAGAGGGAGCUCCACCACCAGCCUCAGUCCUGCACCUUAUCACAGUGUUUCCAGCUCUACACCAAAGAGGAACAGCUGGCCCCGGACGAUGCAUGGCGUUGCCCCCACUGUAAGCAGCUGCAGCAAGGAAGCAUCACGCUGAGCCUUUGGACUUUGCCUGACGUCCUCAUCAUUCACCUGAAGCGCUUUCGACAGGAAGGAGACAGAAGGAUGAAGCUUCAGAACAUGGUCAGGUUCCCUCUGAUUGGUCUGGACAUGACGCCACAUGUGGUCAAGCGAAGUCAGAGCAGCUGGAGCCUGCCAUCCCACUGGUCCCCCUGGAGGCGCCCCUACGGCCUGGGAAGAGACCCAGAAGACUUUGUCUAUGACUUGUAUGCUGUGUGCAAUCACCAUGGCACCAUGCAGGGCGGGCACUACACAGCCUAUUGCAAGAACUCCAUUGAUGGCCUGUGGUACUGCUUCGAUGAUAGUGAGGUUCAGCAGCUGGCUGAGAACGAGGUGUGCAAGCAGACGGCUUAUAUCCUCUUCUACCAGAGGCGGACAGCCAUUCCCUCCUGGUCGGCCAACAGCUCUGUGGCAGGCUCCACCAGCUCCUCUCUGUGUGAGCACUGGGUGAGUCGACUCCCAGGCAGCAAGCAGCCCAGCAUUGCCUCUGCGGCCUCCUCCCGGCGCACUUCCCUAGCCUCCCUCUCGGAGUCCGUGGAGCUGAUGGGAGAAAGGAGCGAAGAUGACGGUGGCUUUUCCACCCGCCCCUUUGUGAGGAGUGUCCAGCGCCAGAGCCUGUCUUCCAGGUCCUCUGUGACCAGCCCCUUGGCCGUGAGCGAGAACGGGAUCCGCCCCUCGUGGUCGCUGUCGGCGAAGCUGCAGAUGCGCUCCAGCUCGCCUUCCCGCUUCUCUGGGGACUCUCCGGUUCACAGCUCGGCUUCCACCCUUGAGAGGAUUGGGGAGUCUGCGGAUGACAAAGCCUCCACCUCAUGCUUUAGCAGCCUGAGGAGUCUCUCUGGAAGCCACAUUGAGUCCAGCGAGAGCAGCGGCCGGCAGGAGCACCCCACGGCAGGCAGAGCUCCCCUGGCAGUCAUGGAGGGCGUCUUCAGAGACGAAGCGCCCGGGCGAAAGCCAGGCUCGAGCGCGGACUCCUACAGCAAGACUCUGUCGCAGGCAGACAGGAACUGCCCCGCCCUGGAUCCUUUCGAUAACAACAACCAGAUCGCUUUUGUUGACCAGAGUGAUUCUGUUGAGAGCUCUCCAGUCAAGGAGGGGAGAAGCUUCAGUGGAAUGUCCAAGGCAGACAGCAGCCCCCAAAAGGCAGCCCACCCCAAAGACACAUUGGAGUCAGACAGAAGCUCCAGGAAAGGCAGGACAGAUUCCCCAGUGUCGUGCCAACCGGCAGCCCCGCUCCUUCCCUCCAAGAGUUUGCCGAAGGGGUCCCGGACCAGGAGCAAGCUGAACUCUGGCCGGGCUAGUGGGCGGCACGGCUCUCCUGCCCCCUCUGGGCAGGGCAGGAAGGAGGCUGGCUCAAAGGGCCAAGAGGCUGCCAGUAACACCUCUGCUGAGCAUCAGAAGCAAAAACCUGCUUCCUCCUCUUCCUCCACCGCGACGAGAAGAAACUCCUCGGGGUCGUCUGUGCGGGGGCACAACACCCCCACGAGCAAAAACAGGACUUCGGAGCACAGCCUCAGCAGGGAGGGCUCCAAGCUCAGCCUCAGCUCAGACAAGGCUGGCGUUACCACCGGUUCGCGGACGGGCUCCCCGCGGAUCAGCCAGUCGCGGAGCGAGGGCAGGAGGCCGGACAGCAAGUACGUGCGCAGCUCCUCCAUGGCCAGUCUCCGUUCGCCCACCACAGGCGCCCCCCGUGCCAGCCUGAGGAGGGACAGCAAGUCGGAAGAAAAGGGGCUUUCUUUCUUCAAGUCUGCCCUGCGCCAGAAGGAAAGCCGGAGGUCGGCCGACCUAGGCAAGACCACCAUGCUGUCGAAAAAGAUGGCGAGCAGCUCCUCCAAAGCUGCCAGCAAGAACUUGCUUGAGGAGAAGCUGGAGAAGAGUGGUAGUGGUGGCGGCGGCAGCGGCAGCGGCAGUCCCUCCCAGCCUCCGAAUACCCUCCCCUCGAACGCCACCCCGGCUUCUGCAAAAGACAACCCCUCUCCUGCCAAACACUCGCUGCUCACGAACUGCAAAUCCAAGUCUUCCCAGCUGGAGGCCAACCCCUCACAGUCGCCCAGCAGUGGCAAGCAGGCAGCCGACAAAGCCUUGCGCAAACUUCCUCCCAGCAUGCCCUCCUCUGCACGGCCGCCGCCAGCCUCUUCGAAAUCUCAGUGAUUGGCUGCUGCUGCUGCUACUGCUGCUGCUGCUCCUCCUCCUCCUCCUGCAAUCCAAUUGGGUUGGUUUCCUCCUUUGCUUCUUUUUGUUCAUGUGCCUAACGUGUUUGAAGAAAACUUGACUACUGUUCAAGCGCCUUUCGACUCCGCCAUCGUACCAAAUAACUACAGGCUGCCGCUGGUAUUUUGUAGCGGGCUUGUGGGGAGGGGGGGGGUGCGCGCCAAAGGACAUUGUCAUCAUCUUCUCUCUUCCCUCUGCCUCAACCCCACAGCAGAACUGCAGCCUUCUUGGGGAGCCUUACCACUUUUCUCUCUGAAGAGGGACUCUGGAUUAUGUCAAUGGCCAGCUGUGUCCAUGUUGCAAAGCUACCGCUUCUGUCCCUUCCUUGCAGUGUGUGUGUCACUGAGCAGGCUGUAGCCUUGCUCUGUGAGCUGCAAAGGGAAACCGUGAAAAGCAAGACGAUCGUCCUGUUCUGCUGUGUGUCCCUCCUCCCCAGGCCAUGUCUCCUCCCCCGCCUUCUGCCCCCCCCCCGGGCACCCCAUUUCCCAAGCUUCUUAAAGGGCAAUAUCUCAACGCUAAUGUUAUUUCUCAGGUAAGCGCUCAGCCAGUACUGGAGGGAACAGAAGAUUCUGGAGGGAAAGGUGCAUUCUCUCUCAUAGAGGGGUGUAUGUGUGUACGUCAGAGAAGUCUGCUUUUAAGUGUGUCUGUCUGUUUCUGAUUUUUUUUCCCAUUCCAGCAGAUUUCUGUAUCUUUGGAAUUUUCGUUUUUUGAAAGAGUCUGUCCUGCUUGACUCUCUUCUCUGUUCAGAGGUGUCUUCUCGAAAGAGGGAGGGACCAGUUAGCAGCCUGGAAAUCAGCAGGUUGGGCCUGGAACUUCUGCAGAGUGGAAGGGGAUGCUUCAUGGAAUUGUAGAAUUGGAAUGGACCCAAAGGGUCUUCUAGUCUGACCUCCUGCCCUGCAGCAAUCGCUGCAUCACAGGUUAGGUGGAAGGAGGUUGUGUGUGUGUGUGUGUGAUGAGCAUAUUCUGUGGUCCACAUGGAAGAAUGCUUGACUGCACACACACACACAUUCUUUUUACGGAGCUGUGGAUCAGUUGUUGCUGCAGUCCAUGCUGGAGGAAGGAGGCAUUUAAGCUUUUGUAAGUCCUAGCUGGAACUAGGCCCCUGCUGCCCUUCCUCAAAUCCUUUGGUCCUCACUCUUCUUGCUCCUCACCUGCCAUGUGGCUUUGGCAAUGAAUGGCCACUCUGAAGCCUUGGGAGGGGGGCACCCUUGUGCCUCACUGUUAGGCAAGCUGUACAAUGACUCCCUCCAUGCACUCUUCCCUCCCUCACUCAUUGCUCUUGUUCCCAUGAUCUUUCAGUGGAUUUUGAGCUUACAGUGCCCACCUGCUUGUUGCCAUUUCUUUCAGCACAGGUGUGGGGAACCUUUGGCUUUCCAGAUUAUGCUGAGCUGCAACUCCUUUCAGCCCCUGGCAAGUAUGACUGAACAGCUGGGGUGAUGGAAGUUGUAGUUCAGCAGUUUCUGAAGGCCCAGAGGUUCCCCACAUCUGCUUCAGCCCCUGAGUUGGCAGCCUGCUUGCCUCCUGCAGCCUUCGGCUUGAGCAGGGAACUUUGCAGAGGCGUCGCUGACAAGCUGUGCCUUUUGUCUUUUUUAAUGCUGGGCGGCAGAUGGGUUCCUUCCCUUGGCCAUGUCAUCUCACUGAGGCAUGAAGCCUCUGCCUUGUUUGAAGGUUUAGUUAACAAGACUUCAGCCCCUGAAUGCAGCAGCUCCUUCCAUGGUUUAUUAUUCCCUUUGCACUGCCUUGGGCCUGUCUUUGUUCAGCUGGAGCUGACACUGCCACGGCCCUAAGUGGUAGAUCCCACUGCACAGCCAGGUUAUCAUCUCCUCCUCCUCACCUAGGAACAAGGGAUCUUGGGUCUUUGGGUCUGCUUCUGAGCGCCACAGGCAGCCUUGAAAGGUGGCAGGCGAGGCAUUCGUCUUAUACCUGGGUUGUGUUUCCAGUUGCCGAGCUGUGAACAGGUAGGCUGCAGCCCCAUGGGAACUGACACCUGGCAAAACCCCUCCUCACACUGCCUGCAGUUUGGCUGCUAUGGGGCAACAACACAUCUCCUUCUCCCCACCCCCACCCCUUGUGCCCACCUGUAGGUUAAAACAGGAGCAUUUGUGUGCUCAGUUCUUAGGUUGCCAAGCUCACCCCCUUUGCUUUUAGAUGUUCCUCUUUCUCAAGUAGUGAGGCACUACAGUUAGAAGAAAAAUGUCUGGUUUCUGUCCUGGGGAAAGGACUGUCUUGGGGGGUGACGAGCAUGUCCCAUGAAACAUGAUGAGAGAUCCAUGGGCACAGGAUGCCUUAGGCUAGCCUUGGUGAAUCUGGCCCUGCUGCUGGGAUAUGAACCUUGACCCCUUCUCCUGCCCCACUGGCAGUGUGUGUGUUGAGUGGUACGUGUGGGGGUGACCGAUUGCUUUCAUUGCCCUUUUGUCAAAGGGACCUUGCUAAGCUUUGUGGAGGUGGGGUUUCCUUUUUGUUCCUUUGGCCUGGCCACUUCCUUGUGUUGGGCUGGUUGCCAGUUUUUCAUUGGCCAGCAGAUCUCCCCUCAUUUAGGAAGAGAUGCAACCCUCUGGUCUUCAGCGGACAUCUAGGCCUUUAGCGCUGUCUCUUCUUUUUAAAGAAAGGACACAAUUUCAUCUCCCUUCAGACAAGUUGGUUUAGAUCCAGGAGGACCGUGGGAUUAAAUUUAGGCCUCUCCUGACAUGCAGCUCUGCAGUUCUCUUUGGGAGUAGGGGUUGGUGGAGUAACUAAUUCAAGGCUCCCCUGAAUAGGGAGGAAAUUGAGCCCCCCUCCCUGGCUCCCCUGCACACCCAGCUCCAUUCAAAUGGCCCAAAAGCCUGUUUCUUCCUAAUUCCAUGAAUGACACCUAGUCACCCUUCCAGUUGCGGGAAGGUUGAGUUCUGCAUCUCGGAAGGCUUCCCAUCCUUUGGGGCUAGAUUUUCGGAGAGUGUUUAUAAUUAGUAUGCACAUUCUAAGCACAUAUCCAAGGGAUUGUAUUAUAGAGGCACCUUGGACUUCAUGUUGCUUGUACUCGGUGGGCGAGAUGGUGCCAACAGCCACUCUUUGUAGCCAUGGCAAAGCACCUCACUUUUUGCUUCUGUCUUUUCAGAUGUAUCUAUGGCUCAAUGCGACUGAGUCGGACUAAUCAUUUUAGGUAGAGAGUGGACCUCCAUGUUCCAGACACAUUUAACCUAGUUUUGUAGGCUCUUCUCUGCUUGGCAGUGCUGAAUUUCUUUAGCAUGGUUGACCACUUAUCUCUCUUGCCCCCACUCCCCCAAAAGCCCACAAUGAAGGUAACAUGCAUGGCCCUUCCCUUUGCCCCCCCCCCGCUCACGCAUGACCAUGUUAACUAUGCAAGCAGCUAAAGCUAAGCUAAACCAGGCUGCCCCUGUCACUGCUGCUGCCCAACUGAUGCCCACCUAAGCUUAGACUGGAGUUCUCAACCCACCCCUGGAGCAGCCCGAGGGCCGAAGGGUCCCAGUUUCUGGCACCCACAACCCUCUCCUUCGUACAGCUCUUUUGUUUACUGAUGUUUCUGGGGAGGGGGUACGGAAGUUACUGUGGAGUAUUUAAAAGGUUGCAGGUGAUUUCUCCCUGUUCUUUCUGAGGGUGCAUUUUUGUUUCCAGAUGUGAGCAACCUGCUGUUUUCAAAGGGGCUCCCAGCCAUUUGAGGGAUGCUGCUAGCAGCUGGCAGCCUCUUUAAGGAGCAGAUAUCUGUGAUGGCAGAAGGGCUCCUUCCCCACCAUAACACAGCUUCUCUGGAGCCAGCUUUUUGGAGGGGUGAGUGGUGGCAAAGCAGGACUCUCCAGUCCCCCUUAGUUUCGUUUUGGUGCAAGGAAGAGCUGGCUGCAGAGCUGGGAAGGUCUGAGAGGAACCUCCUCUGGUUUCUGGGAACGAGGCUCCACGGAGCUUUGUUGCAAAGAGAGGCGUUGCUCCUUAAAUCGGCACCACCCACAGCUCCCAGGCAGCUCCUGCACAGGAGGAGGAAGGGGAGCAAGGGAAAGAGGAGGAGGUUUUUCCACCAUUCUGGAAGCUCUCAUCAGCAGUCAAGGAAGCGUUUUUGUUUUGAAAUGCCAGUUCAAAUCAUGUUAAGGGCAAUCCUCUUUUUGGCUUUGCUGUCAUUUGCCUGUUAAUCCGCAGCAACUUGUCAGGGGUCCAACAUUAUCUGCAGAAGCAACUGAAAUUUAGUUCUAAUCUGCGGUGAGAUGGAAGUACUACAUGGCUUUCCUUAAUUAUUAAAAAAAACAGUAAAAAAACCCACAACAAACCAAAAAUCCAUUAGCAUGCAGGGGGUUGGAUUUGACAGAAUGAAGGAUGAAAUGUAAAUUCCAACACCCACUUUUUUCCCUUUUUACAAGCAUUAAGCCAACCUGAUUUGAAUGCUGGGUGCUGAAAUGGUUUGAUUGGGUCCAAAAUGAAUUCUCUGCAACCCAGCACGUGGGGGCUGGUUGCAAGAGGCAAUUUGGAAAGUCUUCCCUCUUGCCUUUUCUAACUUCUUCUUCUUCUUCUUCUUCUUAUUAUUAAACUAAAUGUGGCACUUGCUGCAUUUGCAUCCUGGGCCCCCAGAACUGGAAGUGGUAUCCAGAGAAUUCAUUUCCUCGGCUGCUGCUCACCAGUCGUGCCUCGUCUCACCUUUGGCUAAAACUGAGUCUUCAGUGCCAUUCCAAAAACUGUGAGCCUCAAACACUGGACACGCUUUCCUAUCUGACAGCUGGAGUUGCAUGUUACAUCACAGGAUGCUUCCUCCCUCCUCUCUCUCUCUCUUUCUCUCUCACCCCCUUAUUCCUAUCAAGAAUUUCUAAGUUUUUUUUAAAACUGUACAGUACUCUGGGAGGGAGGCUGUGUCUCUUCUUGGGGUGGAACCAUUACUAUGUACCAUAAGAGGGUUUUAACUUAUUUGACGGCAAGUGCAUGAGACUGUGUCAAUGCCUUUUAUUUAUUUGUAUGCACUUUUAAUAUGCAGAAUUUAUAUUUUUAUGUUUUAAAAAAUCAUUUCCUGUCAGGAAGAAGAGUUUGGAUACAAGGUAUUGGAUGAUUUAAAAGUGGGAAAAUGUAAUAAAGUACAAUAAAUUUAUUACAGGG